GUGAAAUGGGUAGCAGCAACAAGAAAAAGCCGAAAACGUCAACUGCUCGUACCACUGUAACAAAAUCAACUGGAAACUUCAGAAGAUCAGCUCGUCAUUGCAGUGCGCCAACCUUAACAUAUUGUCCCAGUUCAACUAGAAAAAAGUCGAGUGCCGCCGGAACAAGAAAGGAUGAUCCCACCAAAAAUAAAUCUGUUCAAAACUUGCGAAGAUCGGAUCGAAUUCGAACAGAACCACACGUAAACUCUCAAAAACUCGGAUCAUUUCUCGAAUCCUCAUUUGGCGGGGAUUUUGUUGAAGCCCAAAUAGCAGAGGACCAAACUGCUGAGAUGGAACCCACAAUGAGCUUGAGAAGAUCGGAUCGAAUUCGCACACUGCCAAUCUUAACUGACAAUUUUCGUAGUCAUACGAAGAAUUUGAAUAAUCCCAAAAAACGUGGAAAUGUGCAAAAGGAGAGCCACACAGACAGAAAUGCGCACAGAACUACAACUGCAGAAGAAUCAGACGGAGAAGUUGCCGACAGAAAUGCUGUUCAGCAAAACAUCUCUUGGAGUUCACUCACUCUCCGUUCUCAGAAAAACUCGACGAACGCUGUCAAUGAGCCACGAAUACCAAUUUCGGACGAGGAGUCGAUGGACGUUGACGAGGAAGAGAUUUGUAUCAUCGGAGAAGUUCCACCAAAACCAAUAGACAUAACUGGGCUUCCCGGAUAUGAAUGUCUCAAAUUUUUGGAGCAGACAUUUCAGAGAAAAAUGAGAUUCAAAGCAUUUAAGCUUGAAGAUCAACAUGUGAAAUGCCUUGCAGAACAGUGCAAUGUUGUUCCGAGUAUGAUUGAAACGUGGUUUGCUGAAAGAAGUGAACAAGAAGCACAUCUGCAGAAGGGAAUGUUAGAAUCUGAAAAAUUCUACAUGCAACAAACUAGUACCGUUAAGACAGUAUUUAUGAAUGCAUUGUACAAUGACGAUUUAUCAGUUGACGGAAAAGUGAACAUGAUUCUAGAUAAAACAGGCACGGAAAACCACUUCUUGAUAAAAGCGUGGGUCACGGAUUACAACUUCAAAAUUGAAGAGAAAAACCAUCUUGAAAAGAAAUUCAAACAGGAUUGGAGCGCAUUAAACUCUAUUUUCCUAAAAUUUUUUUCUUCACUUCCAUGGCAACAGCAAAGUUUGAUUAAAGCGAUGAUUCGGCAAACAAGGGAAACAUUGGAUAUUGAACUUCAAAUAAUGCUCAAAGAUAGCAUAAAUCCCAAAAGUCACGCAAAGACGUUUGCUGCUUUGCUGAAAAAGGAACGCGAAACGCGAACAAAGCAUGCUAAAGUUUUUAUGGAGGCCAAGAUUAAUGAGUUGGAUAUGGGAAAUUUCUAUGAAACCUAUGAUUCAUUUGAUUAUAACCCCAUAUUUGUCAUUAUGACGACUCAAGGCAGUGUCCCUCAAAAAGUGAUUAAUGGAAUUCUCGAUAAUGCUAAAAAAAGAUUUGAAGCUAAGCAACUUUUGCAGCAAACUCAGCAGAAAACCUGCAAACAACCCCAAAGUGUAUCAAAGGAACAAAUGUUCGAAUCACCGGAGUAUUCCUCUUCAGCCUCUUCAUCCGCUGAAUCUCGACAUAAUACUCCAACAGAAGAACAAAGCUCAACUGAAUCACAGAGAAACCUCAAUUAUGCGGAUUCUCGAACCCCAGAAACAUCAGUCACUCCCAAUAGUUGUGAUGUUCCAUUAAAAGGCCGACUCCAUGAGCUACAUACUUACCGCAGAAAAAGAUUAUGCGAUUUGCUUAUUCUAGAGGGCGCAGCAAAAAAGAAUGGUACACUUAAUUUAUCAACCGCCGCGGACUCUGCAACUAGUCACGAUCGUUCAUUGGACAGAACUCGAGAACUCGUUGUUCCCCCGUGCCGUCGUCGUUUGGACCAGCUGAAGCCCUUGCGCCUUCAUCGAGCGAACAUGGAACUUUAUGAUCAGGAUUCUGGAGAGUGUUUUCCUUCUGAUGGGGAUACUCCUGCACAUUCAAGUUCCGACAAGCUGACUCCACGUCCGCCUCGUAUAUAUAGAUAUCCAGCCUCAUCAACAGUUUACCUGCCGGAUGGCGCCACAUGCGAUUGGAAACAAUGGAAUGUGAAAGAUGUGAUCAAUUGGACAAACAACUUUCUAUUUACCGAGGAACACAAAUCUGAAAUUCUCCAUUCAAGAAUGACCGGAGAUGACAUUUUGGAAGUAACAAGCAAAAACGUCGCCAAAAAAGUUUAUAUGGAUUAUUACUUAUGGAAGCUUUUGAGAUUGCAAAUGAAUGCAGUUGUAAAUGAAUUCAACGGCUUGUCGCAAGAGUAUUAAUAGUUAAAUUUCUGAGCUAAUUUCUUUUUUUCAAUUCUAUUCCCCCCAUUCUAUGUUCUCUUUUACUCUCUGUCAUAAUAUCUCUGUUCAUCUCAAACUCUGAAUGCUCAUUUCGAGUAUAAGGUGUUUUUUUUAAACAUUAUAAUUGAACCAUUUAUCAUUUAAAACUAAAAUUACGAAAACCUCUUCUCUCCAUCAUCAUUGAUUCAUUUGUAUUUGCUCAUUAUGUAUCUCAUCUCACAGUGUUAUCCCAAAAAAAAUGUUUCCUUUUCUAUGUUUUCGGUUAUUUGUGGACUUCCCGAUCUUCCAACUAAUCAUUAAAUUCCUGUGCCGAAUUUCGAAUCGUUUGAUUUUAGACAAUUUUCAGUGUAUUACCGUUGUUACUUUAUUUUAUUAUUUUUCAUUGUUAUUUAUUUCGACUUUUACAUCUACUUUCUUUUCUUUUUUUUUGUCUGAAUAUAAACAGGAGAACAGUUUUCUUUUGUUGUUGAAAUAAUGAAGAAACGUUGGAACUGUG